AUGUUCUCUACAGACACCUCGCGGACCCAGUCGCUGCGUCCCAAAAGAACGCGUCAGGCAGCAGGUCCAGAAGACUCCCUUAAAUUACCUCAGGCGAAGCGAAAACGAUCCGCCCUGCGACGGGAUACCUUUGAACCCUUGACCGAAACAAGCAUUGGUGAUGUGGCAGGACGAGAAGUGGUCGAGGGCAAGAGCAACAGACAUGCAGUCACAGUUGCGCCGACAAGAGAAUUGACUUUGCGAGGAGCCAAAAAAGCAGAAAAGCGCGCCGACAGGGCCACCAACACCAACGCUGGCUUGACUCUGUCUAGUAAUGACUUUUACACAGUCGCCCAGCUUCCUGCCCUUCCAGACCAGAUCAGAAACCGACCAAGCAUCCAAUACUCAUGUGUCAUUUCUCCCGAAUACGGUUAUGCAUUAGCAUUGACCCAUACUGACGCAAUAAUCUGGCCCUACAACGCGACCGCAUCAACACCUCCCUCUCGAGAUGUAGUCACCUUCAAACUCCCCUUCCCUCCCGCCUCUGUUGGCGAUCCCCUACCACAUGCGACAUUCACGGCAAAAUCUGCGGGCGGAGAGCCCGGAAUCGUGGCGGUAUCUGCAAAAUGGGGUAAAAUUGUGUACUGGGAAACACUGUCCAACGCCUCCUCUUUCAUACCUGGUCAAGUUUCAAGUGUUCAAGGCUCAAUACCGGGAAUGAUGAGCGGCGAAAUCGUUGAAGAAUUGGUCAACGCAGAGCCGUCGGGAUUUAUUCUUUCCCUCAGUCAUGGUCGUGUAGCCCACUUGACGAUACGCGACCAAAUGGGAAGACCUGGAAUCGGCGUCCAAUUCCUUCGCAAGUACACAAACGCGUCAGGAGGUAUCUUUGGGAGUAUAAGAAACGUGUUUGGCUCCGAUCGAAGGAAAGGGACUCCAAUCGUCAAAGCUGGGGGUUCCAAAAAGGGCCAACGCGACGUCGCCAUUGCCACAGUGGAUGCUGAGCUAGAAUUCUGGAAUACGAAUCUGACUGUCGGCAACUCUCUCGAGACCUCGUACAACUUCGGGGACGAAAUUCUGGACGCGUUAAAAUCAACGGAACCGGAUAUGACGCAAUUCAAGGUUCUAGAUGUGGAGCUCUCGAUAGGACCGAGUGCGGCUCUGAGUCGACGAGACAGUCAGGGUGUGCCAAUGAUGGUACUCGUCUCCACAUCAACGGAGCAGCAGACUAGGUAUCACAUCAUCGAGAUGGUAUUCGGUCAAGGAGUGAAGGUCAAAGUCGUACACCCCGUCAAUUGCUAUUCUUCGUCAGCUUCACGACCCAGCCACUGGAGACCUCGACUAUGUGUACCGAAAUCUCAGCCUGUGGCGUUUAUUGUCUUCGAGACGGCCAUUGUCCUGUUUUCACUGGCCAGGAUCCGAGAAUCUCCAUCAUCCCAGCUCCUGAUGGAACGGCAGGCACUGCCCGAACCGUUCCAAGAUUGCAUUCGAUUCCAAGAGUCCACUAUCUACGAGGUUCUCGGAUUUGCGCUUGAAACGACAGAGAAACAUUCAUCUAUUGUGUUUGGUGUGCAGGGUUUCGGCAUGGUGAAGUUGACAUCCCAUCUUCGCGAUGAUGAGGAGGUCGAUGUCGACGAAGCCGAAGAACGAGACCGGAUAACCGCGAAGAGCAAAAUAGAACAAGCAGUCUUCUUUGGCACCAUCAAACAAAAUCCACUGGACCUCAAGCACGCCGACCGAUCGUUCCCACACGAGGAAAUUGAGGCAGCCGCUUUGGAUAUCAGCUCGGAGAUCUUAUCGUCAUCAUCCAAACAUCUUCCAAAGUCUGCACCCUCGAUUGACAUGCAAAUGCGACUUCGUGCCAAAGCCCUCGACGAUCUGGCCGAACAUUUGAUAAACCACUAUCCUUCCGCGAUGUCUCGCUUGACGCGUUUUGAAUUACUGCUGAAUGCAGAAAAACUCGCCGCCGCUCAAGCAGUCUGGAAGGUUCAGGAAGAGAUUCAACGAAAAUAUCCCCAAGCCGACCGGGAGAUGUCAUACUUGGAUUUUACACUCCGAGCAUUGCAUGAAUCUCGGCAAAAAUACCCCGACCCGGAAAGAGGGGAGAAAGAUCGAGUAAGACAUUGGCUCGUGAACAGUGUUAAGAACGUUGGUCAUCUUAUGUCUGAGCUAGUCAGUUGCAUCCCCGAACUUGAACCGAUGGAUGUGACAGAUCCCAGAGUGGUGGCCGAUUACUUCAAAGAAGCUGUUGACCUUUGGAUCGCAUCAUACACUGCCGCCUUCAAAUUUCGUGAAGGCAAUGCUGCUCUUUACGGACUUGGAGAUGAAGUGUUUGAGAAUGGAGUACUUUUGUCGGGAUUUCCGAUCGAGAUGCCUCACCCUUGGACGUCAAGUCCGGAACCAUUGCGAUUUGGCCAGAGUCUAAUUUACGACAUUUGCAAGUUCUUAAACGAAUGGUGGGAGUUCGUUCAUGGCAGGAACAAGAAGAAGAAAAUGCCGACGGAUCUGGACGGAAAGCCGUACGAAGCACCGAGCAAGAUGGCCCUCCAGGAAUUGGCCCAUCGUCUACCUGCAGAGCUCGAAUUAUUUACACGGCUAGUACGCGAGGAAUGCAUUCAAACGAAAUGCCAUCUCAAAACCGUCGAAAAAGAUCCUGAGGUGCUGAAGGAAGAGCUUAACAAUCUCGAUCAUGAAGAGCAAGCAAGGCUGGGCCAGGCACUGCAAGCUACUGCAUUGUUCAACACGCCUGGAGCGAUCCAUCUAGCGGAGAAAUUGAAAUAUUACGGAGAUCUCGUCACCCUGCAUUACGAUUACUAUAAGCAAUUGGUGGCUGAAGCUCAAGCUGACCCCGCCCUGGCUGAAGAUAAUCAGCGCAAACUCGAGGAGAUGCAAGAGAGAGCUGAGUCCUAUUACGAGAGAUUUGGCAAAGGAUGGGCCUUCGCUGCCUUUAGUCAGAUGCUGAUUGAUGGUGAAUGUGGGAGUCUUUUGGUCAAGGGGCAAGAGGAUGGAGAGAAAGAAAAAUUCCUCACCUGGUUCUUCAGGGUAGCCCCAAUGGCCCACCAGAAUCUAGGCAAGCUCAGCUGGAUUCACGAUGUGAUAUCAUGCGACAAUUACGACCAUGCUGCUCAGACACUCCAGGAUGUUGCUGGUGAAGAAAUUGGCAAUGUCUGGAACAAGAAGACGGAAUUGGCACUCGGAAAGCUGGCUAGCUUGGCUGCAGAUGAAGGUAGUGGCAAGCACAGAGACCUGAAACCAUACGAUGAUGCUCUGGCAAUGAUCGCCAUUCAGGAGCAGGUCUAUAGCCACAUCAUGGGCUCGGUCGGUGCGGCCCUUGAUGAGAAAGCUGCGAUCGACCUUGCUGGGGAGACCUUUGCUUCUCGAGUAGUGAUCAGGAGUGCCGCUUUCAAGAGAGAGUUGAAGCAGAUCUUGAAGUCACUGUUGCGUCAGACACCCUUGACUGCGGAGGAGUUGGUCGAUCUGCUGACGUUGAUGGAUCCGGUUGAAUGGAGCGGACCUCCAGAAGAGGACCCUGGAGUUGGUGGUCAAGAGUUUAGUCUCGCCUUGAACGUCGUGGAGGAAUGUGGCCUCCCGAUGCCGAAGCAAGAUGAUCUUCGAGGGUUAAUCUGGAGAAGAGCGAUGAUUCGCGAUGACUGGCUUGUGUUAAACGAGACGGGUGGGAAAGAUGAUGAACGAGUGGAGGAAGAGAUGCAGCAGUCGAGUCUGUUCCGCGCUUUACAGCAUGUUUUCUUGCUAGAACAGAUCGAGGGGACGCCGGUUCAUCUGUUUGCCCCCAGUGACAUUCUGCGCCGCGAAACGUUUCCCGUCAGUCUCCAGGAUAGGUUGGCCGAAAGUGAAGUGGAAGGCCUUCGAAAGGACAUGGAAAAGGAACAAGCAAGACUGAAAAGUUUUGUGGAGAAGGGAAGACUGGAAGAUCAUUAUGGCGGGUUGGUCACUUCGGCGCAGAGAAUUGCAAGGAAUAUCGUUGAUGAACAGGGGGAACAACUGGCUGAGCAGGCCGUUUAA